AUGUCGUCUCAACUCCAGGUAGACGACGGCGCAGCCAGCAGCAGCGAUAACUUGGACAACGAGGGUGUGUGCCAGCCGGGCAACGAAAACACAGGGCGGUGGACUUCGGACGAGCACCGGCUGUUUUUGAGGGGCCUCGAGCUUCACGGCAAGGGGUGGAAGCAGAUCGCCACCCUCAUCCAGACGAGGACCGUCGUUCAAAUUCGCACUCAUGCCCAGAAGUAUUUCCAGAAGCUGUCCAAGGCGCAGGCUAGUGGCACGUCACACCUGGACCCCGCAACCCUCAUGAGCACCAUGGACGCUGGAAAGCCUCGCCCCGCCUCUGUGUCACGGAACUUGCGAAGCAGCACAAUGGCGAACAGCCCGGCGGAGUCGGAAGGGAGGCUCAUGAGCCUGAGGAAGCGCCGCAAUCGUGGCCGCCACCCGAGACACGACGAUGACCAAGACUACGACACCAACAGCGAGGAGAGCUACGACUACGCCCGCAGCAGCGCCACCACGCGCACCCGCCGACGCAGGCGGAGCGUCAGCAGCGGCAGCAGCGGCGGCGGCGGCGGCGGAUCGAGCGAAAGCGAAGAGGAGGACGGGGAAGGUGGUGGCAGGGGUCACCGCGGUGUGUACCGCGAGACGGCGCUGGGCGCGACGACGACGACGACGAUGAUGAUGAUGGUGAGGCAGGCAGAAGAAGCGCCUGCGUUUACGGUCGGUGGCGGCAACAGUGGUGCGCACGGCGCGGAGUUUGAUGAGGAGGAGGCGGAGGAGGAGUUGGACGAGAGCGUGGAUGUCGAGGGACACAACAGCAACAACAAAAACGUCGGUAUUUCGUCGUCGCUCCUGCACGGCGGCACCGCCGGUACGUGGAGCAAGCGGCGGCCGGCCAAAAGCCACCGGCCUUCCCCGACGAAGGCGUCCAAGGCCGCCGCCAUUGCCGCCGCCGGCGGCGCGGCCGACGCCCGCGCGCUCGCGUGGGAGGCCGCGGCGGCGAAGGCUGCCGCGGGAGAGGAGGGCGAGGAGGCUGCUGCUGAUGGUGUAGUGGGCGGUGGGUCCGGGACGAAGCGUCACCGGAGCGAGAGCGUUAGCAGCAGCAGCAACGACGCGUCGCUCGGCAAGACCAUCAAGAGCCUCAAGCGCACGGGCGGGUCGUCUCAGACCACACGGAUUAGUCCUACUUCAGUGGCGGAUGUCAACAGCUUCAUGUCGUUCCCGGUGCCGCAAACGGAGCGCUCGGACAUGGCGAUGCACCACCUACCGCAGCAGUUGGCCCCCUCCUGGUGCACCAAGCCCCAGGACACCUGGAUGGCCGGGGCAGGGCUGGACAUGGGGGGUCUCGAGGCGGACGACGCGGGGCCCUUCCGGUGGUUCAUCGACGAGCGUUCGCUUUCCGCACCAGGCGCGUUUUUCCAGCCGCCGGUGGAGACCUGGAGCGGUUCCGACACGACCGACGUCUCCACGUCCGCGGGCAGCGACCACCAGCACCACCGGACCGUCGUACCCGAGCAUCUUCCCUCCAACACGAACAAGGUCGACAUGUCCCCGGGGGGCGUUUUGACUAGCGACAACACGCAUAAUCAAGAGGACGUUUCCAUCGCCAAGCACCGGGGCAUGAUGGAGCCAAUCGUCCCCAUUUCCGACGCGGCAAUGGCCAGCGAGGUCAGCCGUCACGUCGAGGCCGACAGCGCCACCGCCUGUGCUGCCGCGGGCUGCGCCGGCGGCGCAAGCGCGAGCGCCGGCGGCGCCGGCGACGGCGGCCACUCGCUCGACAUCACCUCGGGCCUCUGGCUCGACCACCCGCAGGAGGCCCACGAGGCCGUCGCGUCGCCCCUGAUGUACGGCCUCGGCCUGUCCGCUCCCGCCAACACCGGGGGCGCCGGCGGCGGGGGCGGGGCGGGGGGGCUCGGCGGGGGCCUGUCUCUGCCUUCCCUCGACGAGGAGGAGGUCCUGGGGUUCUUGGCCUGCGCGGAGGAGAACAGCAGGCAGGCCGCCGCCGCCGCCGCCGGGGGCGACGCGGAUGAGAACGAUUUGCUAGUCUGAAUCCAACUGAGUUUUUUGGCCACCGAGGACUAGUCCUCACCGAAGAUAAAUGGAUGGGAGAAAAAUGCGUUUUGAGGCUUGGCCGCGGUGACUCCGAAGAUGUGGAGGCGUUUGAGAAGUUAUUUUGGUUGCUCGUGGACCGAAUUAGUCGUCUCGUCUCGCUUGCGACCGGUGCUACAUACGGGGGGGUGUUUAGGGUUGUAUGCGAUGCAAGUAUGGUGGGGCUCCGUGGUCGCAUGCAUGACCGGCGGAAGGUAGGGGGGGAGGGGGGGGGCUAGAUAUUGUUUCCAGGUUUCUUUUUUCGUGAGUCAAGAAAAAAACAUGAACAAUUAUUUUUUCUUGGAGGUUCAAGGCCGUCCCAACACGCUUGGCCUUUUUUUUUCCUUCGCCUGUGAAUUUCCUCAAAUAUUUUCGGCGCAACGGCGGCGGUGGUGGCGAUAAUGAAACACACUCGAGAGGAAGCAUGGUUCUCUGCUGAAUUUUAGUCCACGCGGGCGAGUCUGAGUGUAGAAGGAGUGGCAGUAGUGUUCGCGUUGAUGGGGAUUAAUGUUUUCAUCAAUUUUUAUUAUUUGCGUGUUGCCAUGCAUCUUCACAUCAUCAAGACUAAGUUUUAAGAGUUCGUGAGUACGUAGUUCACAUUCAAGUACAUAUGUUCGAGGUUGUAUCACCAACCUACGUAGACUACUUUGGUGCGUGGGGUCACGCCGGCGUUGGGGUUUCCUAGAGAGAUGGAUUUUUUUUUUUUUGGUUUGUUGAAAUGUCGCUGCAAGUGUAUUUUGUCUCUCUGCUUGGGCGGUGAUACCAACCAAGGUUUUCGGUAUGUUUGUGUUGCUGUUGUGUCGUCAUAUGAACGUUCUGUCCGUUGCUCAGGUCUUGUUGGCCAUACUUGUUUCUCUGCGACACCGGUAGCUUCCUAGAGAGAUGGAAUUUUUUUUUUUUUUGGUUUGUUGAAAUGUAACUGCAAGUGUAUUUUGUCUCUCUGCUUGGGCGGUGAUACCAACCAAGGUUUUCGGUAUGUUUGUUUUGCUGUUGUGUCGUCAUAUGAACGUUCUGUCCGUUGCUCAGGUCUUGUUGGCCAUACUUGUUUCUCUGCGAUACCAGUAGCAGGAUCGAUGCAUGGACGGGCGGGUGCGUGGUUUGCAUGUGCGUUAAUUCAGAAAAAUGGAGUGAGUGGCCACUACUCAACUCAGAUCUUAACGGGCAAGUGACGAAAAAAAUCAAAUUGGGGGAUUUUUGUACAGGUCGGCGAGAAGGCCAGUCGUUGUUGUAGUUGAUGUUGCGGUAUCUUAAAAGCAUUGCAGACCCAGCCAAGCGCAAGAAUGGCACAAAAAAGAAAUUGUUUCGUGGUUGUCUUGGUGCUAGAGUGUGAGUCCCUCCGCGGAGAGAAGAAAAUAAUGCAGUCGGUGAUUUUCUUUGUUUUCAGGCGUUUUUUUGCUUCCAAUGUCCCGGCGUGUUGUUCGUCGGCGUGUUGGAAAGCUGUUGACUGUUUGUGUUGUUUGUGUUUUGUGUGAUUGAUUGCUGUCGGCUUGUUGGCCAAAACCGUCGUCAUCGCGGUGUACUACAACUGCUGCUGCUGCUGCCGUGUUGUUUUGCUUGGUCGAAGGGGGGAGGGUGAAAAAAGCCAGGAGAAGAUAAUUUCGACGGGGGCCCGUGGAUGUGGGUUGGCCGACGGGGUGCCCUGUGUACGUACUUUGGGGAAUCCUGGGCUGGGGAGAGAGGAGAGGUGGGUAUUGAUGGUCGUACGGUUCUUCUCUUUUUUUCGCUGACGGCCCAGAUGUCUUGUUUAUCCCCCUGUGGAGUCUUUCUUUUCUUGCAUGAGAAUAGUGAGUGGGGUGCCCACGGGCGGUGGAUUGUGGUUCUAGCGGGGGUGGCAGUCGUUGUUGUUUGCGAAAGACACGCGACGUGCCCCGUCAUAGAGAACAGACUUAUCCUGUAGUUGUGUACGGUUGGGGUGCCUGAGAAAGGUCUAACACGUUAUAUUGCGCACACGUUUUCGUCGCGUGUUGCAUGCAUACGAGAAGAGGGCUUUCUUGAAGU